AGUUGGGAGGGACUCAUUAUAGACGGGGAAGAAUAAAACAAGGAGCAGCUUGAAGUAUGAUGUCUGGAAAGCAAGAAAACGAGCAGCCCAUUUUUUCGCUAGGUUAGAAUAGGCUUGUGAUUUCCACUUGUAUCCAGUAAAUUCAAACUGCGACACGAAUGCUUUAAAUUGCUGCACUUAAGAGCCGCCGGAAAAAAAAGGAUGCUACACAUUUUUCAAGGCAGAGAAGGAUGGAGAGACAUCCCUUUAGAAGAGGCAGCAGCUGGAAUUGUCUCCUGUUUUUAUUAUUUCUGUUGCUCUUUACUGUGAUCUUCAUCAACCUCCUGCUUUAUGUUUACCUCAACCAAAUCUAUGUGCCAUCUGAAUACAAUGAACUGGAUCCCAGUGUUUGUCCUCGGGGCUAUUUCAAGAUGGGAAUGAUGAAGAAUUGUUCCCCUUGGCUAUCCUGCAAUGAUAUCAAAAAAGGAGUCCGGAAAUUAAAACUUGUGGGUGAAGGAGCAGUUAAAAAGGUUUUUCUGGCAGAAUGGAAGCAGAUGAAAGUUGCCCUCUCCCAGCUUAUCCUGAAAGAGUUUCUUGACGACUUCAUGCAUGGGUUACGGAUGCUGCAGUCAUUGCAAAGUAGACAUGUGGUAACCCUUCUGGGUUAUUGUGAGGAGAGUAACACAAUCCUGACAGAGUAUCACCCACUUGGUUCCUUGAAAGACCUGGAUAAAACGUUUGCCCUUCCUAAGUAUCAAAGCCUAAAUACAUGGCAGAAUCGCCUGAGGCUUGCAGUGGAUUAUGUGAGUAUCAUCAGUUACCUGCACAAUAGUCCCAUAGGUACACUGGUUAUGUGUGAUUCCAAUGACUUGAACAAAGUACUUUCACAAUUCCUGUUGACAAGUGACUUCCAUGUGGUUGCCAAUGACCUGGAUGCUUUGCCUUUAGUAGAUGAAAGAAAAGGUAUUUUAGUUAAGUGUGGUAAAAGGGAAAUUAUGGGAGUCUUUGUUGCUCCAGAACAGCUAUGGCCUUAUGGACCAGAUGUGAAAUUUUCAGAUGAUCUUAUGCCGCCAUACGAUGAAAAAACUGAUAUCUGGAAAAUACCUUCUGUGACUGAUUACCUUUUAGGUCAUGUGGCAGGAAGUGACAUUGUUAGAUUUCAUCUGUUUGAUGUCCACUCUGGGUGUAGUAAAACCAACCCAUCUGAGAGGCCAUCUGCUCAGAUCGUGCUGGAUGUUUACAGAAGAAUCUUGGCAUUGCUCAUGAAGGAAUUUGCUGUGUCAGAGACCAGAGAAAUGUUGUGACAUAUUUUAGGGGUGCUGCUCAAAAAAAAUCUUCUCAUUGCUUUCUCCUUAAAAGGUUCGAUACUGAAUUCUGUUUUUUUUUUUUUUGU